CCGUCACUCUCUCGCUCAUCUGUCUGUACAGUUGCAGUCGCGCCUUCUCGCGGUAGCUUUCAUGGCGAGCAACUAGGGGGGAAACAGGGCAUUUCUUAUGUCGACCAGCCGGUUAGCUCCCUGACGCGAGCUAACGGGUGUUCUGCGAAAUGGGACGACGUAGCGGAACAACUCUCUGGACGAACCGCACGGUACUUUAGCACGCGAAGCUAACGUGGAGCCCGUACACACACGCACACACGCACACACAUUUUGGGGAGCGUAGCCAGCGGAGCGAGCUAACGACUGCGAGCUAACGGGAGGCGAGCCUUCAUCUGCGGGCGGUUCGAGCUAACUGGCGCUAACUGGCGCUCGCGAGCUAACGCAGGAUGGAAAGUGUGAAGGAAAACCAGUCCGGAGCGCUUUCAACUUCUCCGGGGCCACUUGAGUCGAACAGCGACAGUAACUCCGGGAGGCCAAGUGGAUUAACGUUAACGGCGCUGUCAGCGGGGAAGAGACCCUCAAUCGGGGAGGAUGACGGCGGGGGCGCGGAGGCGAAACUCUUUGGGAAGGGACUCGCAGCCACCUCCCUGCUCCAGAUCGCGAUAAGGAACGGGAUCUAUCAGAACCAGGUUGCCAACGCUAUCGGCGGCGCGGCCCAAAACGUGAACAUUAAAACGGCCAGCAUAUACAGCCUGACAUCGGUCAACAGCACCACUUCUGUCAACUCUUUGCUGAGCAGGAGGCGGCAGAGACACAAGAGGAACCUGUCUCUGGGGGCUCCGCCGACGAGCAGCUCGCCCGGCGUGUCUUCUGUCGAGGCGGCCAGCCCCUCUCCCUCCGCCUCGCCGCUGAGCACCCUGAGCCUGGAUCGGAAGACUUUUCUUCGGCAGAAGCAGUCAAAGCAGCUCCAGGCCUCGGAUAAGACGUGGGUGAGAUCGGACUUGCGGCGGGGCUGCAUACACGUUCACGACUGGCUCACGCCCUCCUACCCCCGGCCGGUGCUCUGCACGGUGGACACCACGGCUGCAGAGGUAGCCGGUAGGCUGGAAGGGAGCAAAGCUGGGGCCGUGUUGAGAAUGAACUGCAAAACUGCGGCUCUGGUGGACUUAAACGAUAAUUGCAAAGCGAGUUAUGGAGAUUCUGAUGAAAUCAGCGUGCAUGUCAAACACCUUAAACCAGAGGAGAAUGAACGCACUAAACAGUAUUGUACUGACACUAAACUGCCCUCCAACUUGUUGGAUGAUAAAACCGCAAGUAACUCUUCAUCAGAGGUCUAUCUGAAUGACAUUGGGGUGGAUUUGAGCCUGAGUGUGGCGGACUGUUAUGGGGUGUACUCUGGUUCAGACAUGGAAAGCAGCACCUGUGAAGACUUCAGCCCAGGUGGACACAGAAGCACAGAGCUCCUGGACUCUCUCGGUGAUGGGCUGGUUUUGGGCACAGACCCCUCUGUGUUAAGUCCAACCGGUGACAGUGCCACAGAGGGGCCGGACCCGUUUGAGAGCUCCUCCGAUGAAGUAGACCUCACCUCUUCCCCGACGCAUCCAACCUGCAGCUCCGCUGGAGACCAGCAAGUGGACCAGCCCACCACAGACACCUGCUGCGCUUCCAGCCAAGUGACAACCUCACUAGGGGAUGCCGCAGCUGGUGAUGGUGUAGAUGCCCCCAACUUAAUCAAACCUCCAUCCAAAUGCCCCAGCAGCUCUCAGAGUCGGCCACUGUCCAGCCAGGCAUCUGCCCAGCCUGACCUGGAGAUCCCAGAGGGCAGCACAGAAUGGCCGGAGCCCAUCAAUACCAGUCCGACACCGGCCCUCUUCAUCCAGCUGCAUGGUGGAGCUGUGCGGAGGCUGGGAGAUGAUGAGAGGCCUCUUCAGAUGUUUAAUGAGUACCUCUCUAAUCUGGGAUUUGACGACCUGUGGAGGGUGCAGGGGGAGGGGAUGAAUCCAGAAGUUGGUUGCCUGAUACGCUUCUACUUUGGCAAGCCACGAAGUGUGGGUGGUUCUGAGCGUGUGCAGAUUUCUGGGGUGUUCAACGUACGGAAAGGGAAGCUGGCUCUGCCGGUGAACCGCUGGUCGAAGCGUCAGGUGACACUGAGUGGAACCUGCCUCAUUGUCUCAUCUGUGAAACACGCCCACACCGGCAAGAUGCACAUCCUCCCUCUCAUCGGAGGAAAGGUGGAGGAAGUGAAGAGACACAGCCACUGUCUGGCUUUCAGCUCAGCUGGUCCUCAGAGUCAGACCUACUACAUCAGCUACGACUCGUAUACAGAGCACCUCCGCUGGCAGAGGACGGCCUCAAAGAUUGCAUCCCAGAGGGUAAACUCAGUCGACCUGUCGGGCUGCAGCUUGGAGGAGCUGCCUGUUCAGCUCUUUUACAGCCAGGACCUUACGCAUCUCAAUCUCAAAAACAACUUCAUGUCCCUGCACAAAGGAGUUCCAGCACUCACUAGGUUUUGUAAACUGAGAAGCCUCAGUCUGUCAAAUAACACUCUGCCAGACUUCCCCCUGGCCUUGUGCGACAUCACCUCGCUUACAGAGCUAAACUUGUCUGGAAACAGUCUCUUGUCUUUGCCCGCUGAAGUAGGAGCCAUGCACAACCUGCAGACUCUUCUCCUGGAUGGUAACUUCCUGGGUUCUCUGCCUGUGGAGCUGGGCUCUCUGGAGGGCCUGACCUACCUCGGCUUGUCCUUCAACUGUUUCAGCUGCGCCCCCCCCAUCCUGGAGAAACUCAGAGGCUUGGAGCGACUCUGUCUGGCUGGGAACCAGCUCUCUGUCCUGGAUAUGGCAGGACUGCAGUGGCUGCCUGCUCACCACAUAGAUCUCAGGCUGAACCAGCUUCAAAAGGUGACCGUGGGCGACUCGGAGCAGCUUGUCCACAUCGUCCAGCUGGACCUGAGGGACACGGGCUUACAGGAGCUGGAUGUUCAGUGUCUUUGUAGGCUGGAGCUCCUCCGCUGCGACAGAAACUCUCUCUCCCUCCUCAGAGUCAAUGGCCACGCCCUCAAGAGCCUGCACGCCGCACACAACGAGCUGAAGCUGCUGGAGGUGCAGCCAGUGCCACAGAAUCUGUCUGCUCUGGAUUUGUCCUGGAACAAGCUGCCAUGUGUUCCUGUCUGGGUGUGUGAGAGCAGCAGACUGGAAGUGUUGGACCUCAACCACAAUUCUAUUACAGAGCUGCCUAUACAGCUGCUGUCCAGUGGGAGCCUGAGAAAACUGCUGGUGGGCUGGAACGAAGUGUGUCGGCUGGCUGAGAGGCUGGAGAGAUCACAGCUAGAGGUCCUGGACCUCCAGCACAACAAUCUGACUGAGCUGCCACACAACCUGUUCAUCAAAGCACAGAGCUUGAGAUACCUCAAUGUGUCGGCCAAUAAGCUUGAGAACCUCCCUGCAGCCAGCCUAUCGGAGGACAGCUUUAGCAGCCUGGAGGAGCUCUAUGUGACCAAUAACAGCUUGACAGACAAGUGUGUCCCUCUGCUGACUGGACACAGCCGCCUCAGGGUGCUUCACUUGGCCUACAACCAGCUGCAGACCUUCACUGCCAGUAAGCUGGCACGACUGGAGCAGCUAGAGGAGCUGGACCUGAGCGGCAACAGACUGAGGGCUGUGCCCACCACCAUCCUCAGCUGUCAGCGUAUGCACACACUCUCCGCCCACUCCAACUGCAUCAACGCGUUCCCCGAGGUGCUCCAGCUGCCUGAGAUCAAGUUUGUCGACUUGAGCUGCAACGAGCUGACUGAGGUCACUCUGCCAGAGACUCUUCCUCAGAAGCUUCAGGAGCUCGACCUCACAGGGAAUCCUCGCCUCAACCUGGACCACAAGAGCCUGGAGCUCUUCAACAAUAUCAAAUGUUUCAGGGUAGAUCCAUCGCCUUCAGCUCCGUGUGUGAGUGAGAGCCACGGGGCCCCUGCAGUCUGGAGCCACGGCUACACUGAGGCCUCUGGAGUCAAAAACAAGCUGUGUGUGGCGGCUCUGGCUCUAGACAGCUUCUGUGGGAUCCGUGAAGCUCUGUAUGGAGUUUUUGACGGAGACAAGAACGUCGAAGUACCCUACUUGCUGCAGUGCACCAUGGGAGACGUGCUAGCAGAGGAGCUUCACAGGGGCCAGAGGCAGGAAGAUUACAUGACCAACACUUUCCUCACCAUGCAACGGAAACUGGGCACAGCAGGCCAGAGGAUGGGGGGUUCAGCCGCUUUAUGUCACAUCAGACACGACCCGGUGGCUCCCGGGGACCACGGCGGCUGCUUCACCCUGAAGGCCGCUAAUGUCGGCAGGUGCCAGGCUGUUUUGUGCCGCGACGGUAAAGCUAUGCAACUUUCUACCACACACACCGUCAAAGAGCUGCCAGAGUACCAGAGGGUCCGGCUGCACAACUCCGUCAUCACCGAGGAUAACAAAGUCAGUGGUGUAACUGACUCCACCAGAAUUAUGGGCUACUCCUUUCUGUGCCCAUCCGUGAUCCCCAGACCCCACGUCUCCACAGUGACGCUCACCCCGCAGGAUGAGUUAUUUCUCUUGGGCAGCCGGGGCUUGUGGGACAUGUUGUCUCCCAGCGAGGCGGUGGAGGCGGUCAGGAAUGUGCCGGACGCUCUGGCUGCGGCUAAGAAGCUGGUGACUCUGGCUCAGAGCUACGGCUGCUCCGACAGCCUCAGUGCCGUUGUCGUCCAGCUCAGUAUCACAGAAGACUGCUGCUGUUUCUGCGAGCCGCCGCCUCCCCCUCCCAGUCCCGGCCUGGGCACACACACCAGCACACACCCCUACUCUGCAAGUGGUGACGGCGGCGGCAUACCGCUGCCCCCGGCCUCCUCGGGCACAGUGAGCGAGCUGAGCAGCGAGUUCAGCACGUCCGAGAUGAGCAGCGAGGUGGGGUCCACGGCGUCCUCAGAGGAGCCGCCCCCUCAGACCGAGCCCCUCACGUGUCCCCUGAAUCUGCUGGGGCGAGCCGGCAUGCGGAGACCCGCCUGUGGCGGUGGGAGCUUCCACAGACAGUUCUCUGGAGCUCUGUCUGACAACGGGGUCGACAGCGAGGACGAGGAGCCCAUCGCUGGCGUUUUCUCCAACGGCAGCCGCGUCGAGGUGGAGGCCGACGUCCACUGUCUGCACCGCCAUGACUGCCCAGCCCCCCAAACGCACACGCACGCUCAACCGAGCACAAAUAUCCCUCCUGCUGUCGCCUCGCGCCAUGAGCCUUCGCCUCUGCCGUUCUCCUCCCCGUCUCCCUCCCCAGUCCCUCCCUCCUCUCCCUGCCUCAGCGGAGACGGUCAGUCGGGGACUCUAGGCCGCAGGGCUCGAGCUAACGGCUCCGUGGCCUGCCAAGGAAGGAACCAGGACCUCAUCGAAGAGGCAGGCGACGCCCCUGUAAGGAAGCAAGGGGGCUACUUCAACGCUCCUGCCCAGCCGGACCCCGAUGACCAGCUCAUCAUCCCGCCAGAGCUGGAGGAGGAAGUGCGGCAGAUCAUCCAGCAGCAGCAGCAGCAGCAGCAGCAGCAGCAGCAGCAGCAGCAGCAGCAGCACAUUCAAACACACAACCAGCCAGCACACAACUACCAGAAGCCUGCGGACUAUUUCGUCACGCCCCUUUAACUUCUUCUCUACAACAGCUGGCGUCAACUUCUCAUCCAGGAUUUCAGAUGGAGAACUGUGGGAUCUGGGCUGUCUGAUGCUCAUGCUGCAUUGAGUUGUACCGCUCGGUGUUUCUGUACAUGCUUCUGGACCACAGAAACUGUGUUUUGGAAUGGGUUUUUGUUAUUGACUUUAUUUUUUACGGUUAACUCUAUGCCCCUUGAAACGCAAUGCAAUUUUUAUAACCCUUAGUUGAUUAAACCUUCACAUCUAAUCCAUUUUUACCAUAUCUUUAAUUUGAAGAAGCACUUUGAAUGCUUUUUAUUUGACUUUUGAGAUUCAUUCUAUGUUAAAUGGUACUUUGAGAUAAGGACCGUUCUUGUUUUCGUAGCAGACAUUUCUCCUGUUUGUCGCAGCUGUUGGCUUUACAGUUGUUGGAGUUAGAACUGUUAAAAUAACUCCUAGGAGUUUAAUACUUUAAAGUGACCUAGUCACUAAAGCAUACUAAUAUUCUCUGAGAGAAAAGAUGAUUAUUUCAAAAGGCGGAUAUUCCCGAUUUCUGUUCUCGGGGGUAGAGUGCAGAGUGAUGCUAAAAGGGGGAGGGGCUUACAGCGACUACCAGCUCAAAGAAUGUUCUCAGAACAGCGUUACAGACUUUUCGAUAAUAGAAGAGCGCUACUUUUACUAUAUAAUAAAUUAAAGUUUUCAGAUAA